AUGACGGACUUCAAGCUGGGCAUCGUGCGCCUCGGCCGGGUGGCUGGAAAGAUCAAGUAUACACUAAUUGAUGAGCAAGACAUCCCUCUUGUGGACAGCUAUUCAUUUGAAGCUCGAAUGGAAGUGGAUGCUGAUGGCAAUGGGGCUAAGAUAUAUGCCUAUGCAUUUGACAAGUGCAAAGGAAGGGGUUCUGGGUGCCCGCUUCAAGAGUUGCUGUGGCAAAAGCACAAAGGUGGCAUUGCUCCCGGAUUCCAGGUGCUACAUUUAAAUGGUAUUACGGUUGAUAACAGAUUGGACAAUCUACAAGUGGUUCCACGGGGCUGGAAACCUGCAUUAGAGGAGGUGUCCAGCAAGCAAAGGGAACAGUCUCUCUACUGGCUGGCUAUACAACAGCUUCCCACAGACCCCAUAGAAGAUUUGUUUCCACUGCUGAAUGUCACCCGUUGUUACAACGCUAAUGGAGAAGUGGUACGGGAGGAGGAGAACUCCUGCACAUAUUAUGAGUGUCAUUAUCCUCCUUGCACCAUGAUGGAGAAACAGUUGCGUGAAUUUAACAUAUGCGGUAGAUGUCAACUAGCAAGAUACUGCGGUACCCAGUGUCAACAGAAGGACUGGCCUGCCCACAAAAAACACUGUUCAGAAAAAGUGCGAAUUUCUCAAUGUGAGCCAGAACCAGAGCGGUGA